GACGCACACGGCCAUUAAGACCGAGGACCGCGCGGGUCGCUGCGGCAGGGGCGGGUAGACAAUGAGCCGAGACCUGUGAGAGGUGGGGGAGCGUUUAACACGAAACCCUGCCUCUGCCUUUCUUUUUUUUCCUUCUUCUUCUUCUUCUUUCCUCUUCUAGCCCAUUCCUUGCCUUUCCCAGACUCGGGAAAUGUGUUCGCACUUACUCACCGGUUCCUGUCCGGGGAGGCGGGUUUCCAUCGGCGGGGAAGGGCGUUCUUUCUGCGCUCGGAGGCACGGCGUAGUCGCGUAAGGGGGUGGAUCCUCCGGAGGAAAGGAAAGCCCACCUUUUUCAUUGUUAGGGAGUCGGUGGAAUGUGAUGGUUUGAUCCCGCAGAGCUGGGAGGGGAAAACGGGGCAGAGACGAACGAGAGGGGGGGACGAAAACCUUCUACCACUGAGGACGAAUCUCGGAUCUGGAAAAACGGGGGUUGUUUUUUCCCCCGGUGAAGCCAUCCGCCUCGCUCUCUCUAUGUUGAUCUAAGGACGGCGACCGAAUGCGCUUCGGGGAAAUAUCGCUUUUCCAUAUGGCAAGGUCCUUGAAAGGAGCUCUCUAGAAGGAGAGAGUGGGAGAUUUUCUGAGAAAGAAGAACUUGUCCCAAUCUGACGUUCAGCAAGAUAUCAGAGAGGAUGAAGAUCUGGGAAACGAUGGACCGCCAUCUUGGCUGACGCCCCUGAGCAGAAAUGACCAAGGUGGAGGAGACUGUGAAGAUCCAGCCGUUGAAAAUCCACCUGUGGAGGGACUAAGGGCGGCAGGGGAGGGACUAAGGGUGGUGGGGGAGGGACUAAGGGCAUCGGGGGUGGGCCUUAGAACCUUGGCUCACUCUUAGGACCCCAUUCUUUCCAGAGAGCAGCACAUCGAACUGUUUUAAACAACAACAACAAAAAACUAGCAGCUGGUGACCUGAGAUCAGAGACACGGCACCACCAGACAGAUGUGGACUCGUAUUGUAAAUAAAUAAACAAUAAAAAAUAAUAAUAUAAUAUUUUUUUUAUAUAAGAACAAAACAAAUGAAAAACUGGUGACCUGGGACAUUAACCAGGCAAAUGUGGACUCGUCCUCCAACAGUGUUUUUAGAAAAACAAAAAAAUAACAUUUAAACAUUGAAAUUUUUUGAAAAAAAAAUAAAAUAAAGAAAAGAAAAGGAGAAACGGGUCUCAGCGAUGACGGACUACAAGGACACCACGAACCGCCACCUCCGGCACAAGCUGCAGAGCCUGGCGCGGCGCGUCGACGAGCUGGAGGAGGCGUCCAGCAAGCUGCAGAAGUCCGAGGACGAGCUCCUGGACCUGCAGGACAAGAUCAUCCAGGCCGAGGGGGCCAACUCCGCCCUGCUGGGGGAGGUGGACGCGCUGCGGCGCCGGGUGCUGAAGAUCGAGGGGAAGGACGAGGAGGUGCGCAAGGCCGAGGACCUGUGCCGCCUGGUGCGGGAGAAGCUCGUUGAGGAGGAGGAGCUCACCAGGGAGCUCAAGUCCGACAUCGAGCGGCUGCAGGGCCGCAUGGCCGAGCUGGAGAAGCUGGAGGAGGCCUUCGGGAAGAGCAAGUCGGACUGCACCCAGCUGUGCCUCAGCCUCAACGAGGAGAAGAACCUCACGCGCAAGCUCUCCUCCGAGCUGGAGGCCCUCAAGGCCCGCGUGAAGGAGGUGGACGCCUCCGAGGGCCGCCUGGACCGGGCGGAGCAGGCCCUGGCGGCGGAGAUGGAGCGGCUGAAGGCCCUGACGCAGGCCUUCGUCGGCGAGCGCAAGUGGCUGCUGGAGAAGCAGCGGGAGGACGACAAGCUCAUCCGGGAGCUGACGGAGAAGCUGGAGCGCAACAAGCAGCUCAGCGCGGCCGACCAGGGCCGCAACGCCGCCAACCUGCAGACCGGCGACCUGCGGAUCGAGGACGACCUGCCGCCGGGCCUGACCGCCAAGCUGGGCCGCCGCAAGAAGAGCCUGGAGUUCCUGGACGAGGUGGUCGGGGAGCUGCGCGUCGGCAAGUCGGAGAAGGAGAAGAAGGGCCCCGGGGACGGGCAGAAGAAGGAGGAGGAGGACAACAAGGUGAAGGACCUGACCCAGGAGGUGGAGCGGCUGAAGAACCGGCUCAAGCAGCUGGAGCCGGUGGAGGAGGACCUGAAGAAGAGCGACUCCAAGAACGGCGAGCUGCUCGAGAGGUUCCAGCAGGAGAGGAGCCGCAGCAGGGCCCUGAGCGACCAGAUCGAGCAGCUCAAGAUGCAGCUGGGCAUUGGCGGUGGCGGCGGCGGCGGCGGCGGAGGGGGGAAGAUUCUGGAGAACGGCAAGGCGGAGAACGAGGAGAUAAACGUGCGGGGAGGGUUCCGGCAGGAGAAGCCCAAGUUCCGGAGCGGGGCCGCCGAACCCGCCGCCCCCAAGCACAAGGCCCGGGAGCUGUCCCCGACGCACCAGCAGCGAAAGGAGGCCAAGCUGCGGACUAAAGAGCUGAGCCAGUCGGAGGAGAACUCGCCCAAAACGCCACGCCGGGCCGUGAGCCCCGCCCACAAGAGCCGGAGGGGGGUAAAAACCGGGACGGACGCGAAAGAGCGCGGGAAAGGAGCGCUGGAGGAGAAGACGGUCGCCAACACUUCCGCCGGCGACGGCAAGAAGCCGUCGGUCCUCAGCCGCUACCCGCCAGCCGCCAACGAUCAGAAGCCCUGGAAGGCCUCGGCAGCUUUGACCGCGGCGUCCCUGAAACCCGGCGAGAAGAGCCGGUUGGAGAAGCUCUCGCAGCUCUGCGCGGGCAGCGACAGCGAGUCCAACGGCUCAGACGCGCCGGCGGAGAACCCGGGCAGGGCCGGCGGGGAGCCUGCGGGCGCAUCGCCGCCAGAGACCGACCGGGAGGUCCAGGACCCGGGGCCGGCCGCCGAGGGCCACCUCGCCAAGGCUAACGGGUCGUUCGUGGCCUACAAAUCCCACGUGUCCCCGCACCUGACGUCUGCUGACCUCGGGUCCGAGGGCCACUCCUCGGCCUCGGAGACCGAGUCUACGGGGUCCCGGCGGUCCGCGGGGGAGGCGGAGCCCCCGGCCGGCCAAGAGGGGACCGGAUCGAGCGCCAGGCCGGCGGCCGCCGCUUCCGCCAAGCACUCCCGGUACGCCCGGCUGCACGACUCGCACUCCGAGGGCUCGUCCGCCCGGAGCUCCUUCGACGAGGAGCGCCCCCUGGCGGCGACGGAGGGGGGGUCCAGCUCCGAGGCCACGCCCACGCACACGCCGUCGGGCAUCGAGAUCCGCCGCGUCUGCAGCCCCCGGGAGGCGCUGCGCUCCAAGGCGGUCAUUAAGCCCGCCAUCGUGGAGAUCGACCGCAAGGAAGUGAUGUCGUCGGGAGGUGGAACGCCGGAACCCCUGGCCGCCAACGGAAAGCCCAGGAUCUCCACCAAGCCGGCGAUACUGACCUCCGCACCGGGCAAGAUGACCAGCAGCAUCACCAUCUACCCCAAUGACCCGGGCUCCUCCCGGACCAGCAGCCGGAGCUCCAGUGUGUCCAGCGAGCCCCCGUCGUCGUUGUCACGGGAACGACACACCUCCACCAGUAACAUCGUCAUCACCCCCGGCGACCACCACCGCGGCAGCAUCCCCAUUCCCUACGAGAUCUCCAUCCCCAAGGCUGAGAUCACUCUGCUGCCCCCGCAGGAGGACGAGAACAGCGAGGAGGGGGGCGAUGACGCAUCCGUCUCCGCGGAGACGUCCCGCGCGGAGACCCAGCUGGUGUCCCGCAGCAGCCUCACGCUCCGGUCGCUGUCGGAGAACGCCACGACCCCCGACCUGAGCAACGACACGGAGUCCGGGUUCGAGAGCAGCAGCAGCAGCAGCACGACCGCCGCCGCCGGCUGGAGGAGGCAUCGAAACCGACCCUCCUCCUCCUCCUCCUCUUCAGCUCGGGACGACUGCCUGCCCGACAUGCGGAACGUGACGGUCCGGAGCAACUGGAGGAACCGGGGCGGGGCCGUCUCGGUGGACGAGGUGGGGCUGGGGAGGUCAAAGGUCGCCGACUGCUCGGAGGACGAGGCCGAGUCCACCUGGCGGGCGUACAGGGCCACCACGGUCCUGGAUGCGGAGGAGACGGCGACCGCGACGACGGUGACCGCGACGACGGUAACCGCCACCAGGACGGGCAAGCCCAGCCCGGCGGAGGUGUACAUGCAGCGGAUCAACAGCGCCGCCAGCGCCAAGGAGGUCCCCGAACCCGCACGCCGGAGCAAGAGCGCCCUCUCCCCGUCGGAGGGGUACCACAGGAUCAUCCCCCACGAACCCGUCAUCGCCCAGGAGCUGCAACCCUGGAACCGGCCACAGCCCCCGGGACUAGAGGAGACGACUGAACCACCUCCCGGCUCUUGGAGGAAGCAGUUGCUGACCGACGUGGGGCCCUACGACCGGGCGUCGAAGACGGAGGCGGCCAGCAGGAGGACGGCCUCCAGGCCGGAGCUGUGGGCGGGGCCGGGCGGGGCGUCCGGCAGGGGGCCCGCGGGGCGAAGCGAGGGUCGCGCCGGUGGGUCACGGCCCUGGAGCGCCCGCCAGACCGAAAACUAGUCCCUCCUCUCCACCCUCCUCCCCGCUCCUGCCCCCUCCCCGCCCCUCACAGGCAAGACUUUCCCAUCUACGAGGAACGUCCGUCCUACCAUGAACCUUCCCGACAGAGACGUGACGGAAGUGGCCCAGGCCGGGGCUCUCUCUGGAAGAGCGGGGGGGGGGUCUUCUCGGUGUCCGGACUCCGAGCCGCCAUCCCGCGCUCCAACCCCUCCCCCCCCCCCUCCCCCCCUCGCUAGCCACUUGACGGCGCCUUGCACGAGCCGCUUGACCCCGAAUCGUAUUCUCCUCUAGCGAUAAUCUGCUCGCCAGACGGACCCCGUAACCCCCCCCCCCCCCCCAGCGGUGGGAUCUUCUUCUGAUUUGCAUACGCGUUGUAUUAUAUUCCUGAGUCCUGACAAGGGAGAAGCCCGCCCACGGAAGAGGGGGGAGGGGGCGGGGCUAUUAGUGGGUGGAGCCACCACUCGUGGGGAGAGGAAAUGGGGCGGAGCCUUGAGUGGGUGGAGCCACAACUUAUGGGUGGAGGAAAUUGGGCGGAGCUACGGGUGGGUGGAGCCACCAUUUGUGGGGAGAUGAAAUGGGGCGGAGCUUCGAGUGGGUGGAGCUGCAACUUAUGGGUGGAGGAAAUGGGGCGGAGCUACGGGUGGGUGGAGCCGCAAGUGAGCUGUGGCAGGGAGCUGGCACUGAGUGGGCAGGGCAAGGGGGCGGAGCUAUCAGUAGUUGGAGUGACUGAUUUGUGAGGAAGGCAAGGGGCAAGGUUAUGAUUGGGCAGGGCAAAAAAAGGGGCGGAGUUAAGGCGCUUCCACAGUGGGCCACUUCCUUUAUUCCGCCGUUUCAAAUUUUUAACAUUUUUAGGAGAGUCGACGCAUUUGACUAGAAGCAGGGAGCGAAUUACUGUUCAGAAAUGUUUUGGGUUCUUCCGUUUUUUUUUAAAACCGUUGAGUCUUUCCUUGUGUCCCCGCGAUCAUGUUCGAGGGCAAAGGAUCACCUUACUUAGACCGGUCUCCUCAUCCCCGGCGAACGCUGGUGUCUGUCUGUCUGUCUGUCUGUCUGUGCACUGGGCCACUUUUAAAAGGGUGGGUCCGAGAAAGAGAACUGCGUGGGUGCGCAGAUAUAAAAACCACAGUAGAGUACUGUUCCGCAGUUCCACUUCCUUGCUGAAAUGUGUGCUAUAAAAUACGUUGUGCUGAGCGUCUGACACUUCAUGUCUGUGAGUACAUUGAAUAUUAACAUUAAAUUUUGAUAUUGUGGUACUCAGUACUGAUUGGCAUUUAUUUUCCUUUUUUUUUUUAGUACAGUAAUAAGCAGGCUUGUGCCUCUCUGUCACCAGAGGACUGGCUGAACAGGAGGCGCUACCUGAGUCCGUUAGGGAGACUGCAGGGACACCUGUAGACUGAUAAACCUGUGACUAUAAACUUCUGCACAAACGAUGUCGAUGCACAAGCUGUGCUCAGUAUUUACUUAACGCUCCACAAUAAUGCACGGCAUAGAUCACAAGCAAUAUCCAAUCACAGGCAAUGAUGACCAUUGUGGCUUCAUGUGUGUGUAUGUGCAAGCACACACGUGCGUGUGUGUGCGUGCGUGCGUGCAUGU